CCUUCGGAUACCUCCACCCGCUCAUCUUCAGUCGCCACGCACAAGUCCCAUCGGGCCCAUCGUCAGUGUCCUCUCCCAUCUCCGCCCCGAUCUCCACCGAUCCCUCCUCUCCCGCAUCACUGUCCGCCUGGCGCAUCCCUCUCCUCCUCUGUCCAUAUGCCCCGCACUGGUCUUGAGAAGGGUAUCCAGGCCUGGACGCUGAGGCUGCGGGCCCGCAUCGAGGCCCUCUCCCGUCCCCUCAACUCUCCCGCCAGCACAGUUGCCACCAGUCCCAGCACCAUCGACUCGGGCUCGGCUGCUUCUGGCCUUACCUCGCUCCAAGUCCUGGCGACCUUGGUGGACCAGCUCGCUCUCUUCAACCUUGCCCGCCGCCCCGAAGCCAGUGCGUCGCCGCAGCUUGAAACAGUCCCCUCACAGGACGGAACCGAACCGACCGAGCUCGCCAACAGCAACCUGGUUCAGAUCCUGACGGAUAUUUCGCGUCUCGUCUUGGUCGUCGACUUGCCUUCGGAGGUGGCCGAUAUCUGGGAGCUGGUUGCUCCAUGGACUGGGCCCGAUAAAGAGCCCCAGAUUCGCAGGGCCGCUUUGGGCUUUAUCCCAGCCUGCCUGAAAGGCCAGGGCAACCACAUCGAUACGCUGCGCUAUGCCUUCUUCUCGGCCAUCAGCGACUCGCAGGACGACGCAGCGCAACGUUCGCAAUCGCAGUCGCAACCUCAGCCUCAAGUGAUCCCGGACCUGGAUAUCAAGUUCGCCAUUCUCAUCGCCCUCACCAAUGAUGGCCGAGACAUCCGCUACAUCGAAAAGGGUGUGGUCGCCUUGAUCAGCCUGUGGAUUACGAGACUGCUGGCUCUCCGGCCGCUGGCUACGGUCGUCCGUCCAUCAGCAACUUCGGUCGCCGUCGCCGCCGCCGCUGUCGCCGUUUUCACACCGCUUGACGAGCCCAGCCAUGAGCACAACGCUGCCGAGACCAACGGUCCCGCUGGGAUAUCGCCGGCGGAUCCCUCGACGGCACAUCUUCCGGGCCAGGAACUCGUCGCUCUCUUUGCGCUCUUUGCCAACCUCCUCCGAUUCCACCCGGCGCAUUUGCCAGCAGAUCAGAUCCAACAGCUCCUCGAGAUCGUCUAUCGCAUCAGCAUCGAGCCUGUAGACGAACUCGCCGAGCACUGUCUCGCUGUGCUCGACAUUAUGCUGCGGUACGGCUCGCUACGCCUCGACUCGCUCAAUGUGUAUGUCUUUGCCCUCUGCCGGUUUGUGACGGACCACAACCGCUCGGGCACCUGCUGGAAGAUCAUGAAGAAUCUGCUCAUGUCGCAGUUCACCCAACCCGCCAUGAAGAUCCUCUGCGGCAUCAUCCAGGGCAAGAUCAGUCUGCCACACCACACUCGACCCAAUAUUCUGCGCGGCGCCGUGUUCUUCCUCAGCAUCAGCAACUGGGGCCGCAGUCAGAUCCAUAACCUCUCCUAUUCGCCCAUGUAUCUGAUCCAGUGUCUCCGAGAGGCAGCCCGCAGCCGAGUCGACAUUGCCGAUGCCGAGAUCCUGAUUUCCCUGGUCCGUCUUACCCGCAAGGACUCGCACGUCUUCUCGAUGCUGGAGUGGGAUCUGAUUAUGCAGGUCUGGAGCGUCCUUGGUGAAUACUGGACCGACAGAGAGCGGCCCGUGCAGCUGCUGCUCGGCGACCCGGGGCUGGUUCGAGAAGAUCUCGUCCGGGCCCAGCUCCCCACCCUCGAGCUCAUCCUGAAGCUCCACAAUCAACUCACCAUCACCUUGACGGACGUGUAUCUCAACUACCGCGGCGCAUCGUCCGUUGCCUUCUUUGACCGGCUGCUCGACUUGGCCCCGCAUCUCUUCGAUGGCCUUGCAGAGACCCUGAUCCAAGUCAACUCCAAUUGGUCGUGGUAUCCAUCCUUCCCACGGUGGAUCGCGGCAAUGUCGAGUCUGACGGCGGCAUACAUGCCGUUGCACGAACGCCCCGCCAUCCGCACCAAGCUCUUCGAGAUUAUGGAGCAGAGUUGGUACAAUGUCCCGCUUGCCGAACAAGAUUUGUACUUUGAGCAGAUUCUCCGGCCGUUCCUAUCGACGCUGACAAGCGAGUCCGAUUCCACCAUAUAUCAGCGUGCCGUGGCCUUUACCGUGCUGCUCGCCAAGGAAUGCAACGACGCCCAGUUCAACGUCAUUGCUUCGACCCUGAUCCAGUGCUCGCUCAACAGCUGCUCGACCCAGAUAUACAGCUGGGGCGGAGAGAACGACUUUGACGUGGCUAAUCCCGAGCAGCUCGUGUCGGUGCCCGGCUUGCUUGCAGAAGACGCCUCGGCGAGGGCAGCCGCUGCCCUUGUGGGACUCUUUGGACAGUGCCUGCAGAGUAUGAACGGUCCGAGAUGUAUCACGCUCUACUGCCAUAUCGGCAGGAUUGCCGCCUUGCAAUCGGCCCCCACGUCGGUCCGCCUGGUGUGCUGGACGUUUCUGACUCGCCUCCGUGCCGAUGUCGAGUACUGGCUGAUCUGCCCUGUUCAGCAAGAUUCUGAUGCCGGGACGCCCCAGGCCGAACAGGCCAAGGCCGAGGAUGCCCUCGAAACCUUCAUCGUCAGCCGACAUGUGGUCUGCAACACCACCACGUCGGCCCCUCGCCCGUCGCGGCCCAGCGCUCGCCCAAACGCAUCCGAGGCUGUUCUGCUUCCGGUGGACAAGUACUGCAACCUCAUUGCCAAGCUACUGCGAGAAGAGAGGGACUGGCCGGUCCUGUGGCACAUCCUGACCUACUUCUCGCCGCAGCUCCGCAACGUUUACUUUUUUCAAGGCGUCUCUCCGAUCAUUCAGUCGGUGCAGGACGUCAUUCACGACCUGAUCACCGGCGAGAAGGCCGGCGCUGCCGUUUCCAACCUUCCCAGCAACGUCCGCAAGACCGAUAUCUACCUAUCCCUCUGCAAAAUCUUGACGGUGCUGCUCUCGUACCAGCACCACGUCCCGGGUCCUAAGCAGGACGAGCUGAUCUCGACGUUCAUCUCGGGGAUGCAAAAGUGGCCGGCAAUCUCCAAGUUCUGCGUGCACGCCUUGACCUUGGCUUUGAUGGAGAUCCCCGAGCGGAUGGCCAAGCACACCCAAGCCAUCACGACCGUGCUCGCGCAAAAGACUACCUUUGCCAUGGGCACACCCAGUCUUGAGUUCCUGUCGACGCUCGCACGUCUGCCCAACAUCUGGAAGAACCUGACUCAGCUGGAUUUCCGUGCCAUCUUUGGCAUCGCCAUCCAGUACAUCCAGAUCGCGCAGGAUCACCUCCAGGAUACCGAGAAGCAGCUCGGGGAGUACAUACUUCAUCUCGCCUAUCACGUUGUCUCGCGCUGGUUUGUCAACAUCAAGCUGCCAGACAGGAAAAAGUACAUCGAGUUCAUCAUCAGCCUGCUUCUGGUGUCGGCGGGCGACCGCAAGUUCGGCGAGAGCGCCGAGUUGGUGCUGGACAUGAUGAUCCAGAACUCCUUUGUCGACUGCUGGCCCAAGCCUCCGCCCGAGGUGAUCGAGGAAUCGAAUCUCAGAAAAAAGGUUGAUCGGGGCUGGAUCCAAGGCAACUGCAUCAUCACCGCCCGGAUCCUGACCAAGCCGCGCUGGAUGGAGAUCAGCAUUCGCCGCCCCUCGGCGAUGGUGAGCAUGUGGGUCCGCCUCGAGAACCGCUUCAAGACGUCGGACUCGGCAUCAGUGUAUCUGCCUGCUCCGCUGUCGUCGCACUGGCUAUCGGAGAAGGACAUUUCGGCCAUGGCUUCGGCCGAAGAAGGCACUGAGGCGUCGCCCGUGGGCGGCCAGUUACCAGACGGUGCGUCGCCCGCGCCACAGAUGUCGGCUCUUCGGAAGGAGCAGAUCCAGGCACUCGACCCGAGCUUCAUCGUUUCCCAGCUGCUGUUCUUCCCUACAUUGCAGCCAGCCGAGCGGCCCGUGCUCCUCCCGGACGACGACGCCACCACUCGGACCAUCUCUGUCCUCGACAGGUGUCCUGUUGUGGAUCUGCACAAGAUUGGCGUGGUCUACUGCGGGCCCGGCCAAGACACCGAGCAGGCGAUCCUCUUGAACAGCUACGGAUCGCGUACGUAUAGCAUGUUCAUCCAGUCGCUCGGCAGCACCAUCACGCUGAAGGGCUGCCGCGAUGUGUAUACGGGCGGCCUCGACACAACAAGCGACGUCGAUGGCAAGUACGCCAUCAUUUGGCAGGACGACUUUACGCAGAUCGUCUAUCACAUCGCGACGCUCAUGCCCAAUCCGCCGGAGGACGCCAACGGAAUCUUCAAGAAGAGGCACAUCGGCAACGACUUUGUGCUCGUCGUCUUCAACGAGUCUGGCCUGGACUACAAGUUCGACACCAUCCCGGGCCAAUUCAACUAUGUCAACAUUGUCGUUACGCCCGUCGGAGCCAAGAACUCGGCCACGGCCGCGGUGUCGAUCCCGUCCGAGAGCUACGCCAACCGCCACUUCCAGGUUGCAGUCCAGAUGAAAGACUCGAUGGAAAAGUACGAAGUGGGCUCGAUGCUGGACGCCAAGGUGGUCUCGGGAGAUGCCCUGGGCAGCUUUGUGCGCCAGAUCGCCAUGCACGUCAACCUGUUUGCCCAGAUCCACAUGCAGUCCGAGCGCCGCACCGAGUACUGCAGCAACAUGAGGGAACGGCUUCGUCAGAUCAAGCGCUUCCGCGACCGCCUCCCCGCGUCGACUGUGUCGGCAGACCCAGAAAAGCUUCUGGACUUUUCGCGUUUCACAUGAGCGGCUGCCGUAUCGAUCUGGCCCACGGUGGUCGCCUGGUCCAGACCGGUUUUGGCCUGCGGCACCGCUGCUCCUGGCAGCCCACGAGCGGACACUACGGUCAAUCUCUCG